AUGAGGUGGCUUUGGCUUCAUGCAGAGCAGAGAAUGUCCAUUGAAAAGCAGUUGCAGUCUCUGUCCACUGGAACAGGAGGAGACGCAACAGCAGAUGCAAUCGCCAUUAGCAAUCUCGAGGAGCAGGUCAAGUGUGCCAUGGAGGAGAAAGAACGGGCUCUUCAGAUGUGGCAGACAGCUUCACAGGAGUUGGAUCGACUGCAGACCCAGUACCAGAGCUCCAUAAGUGACGGACAAAUAAACGCAGUUGAACGGCAACACAUGCAGAAUCAGCUGGCGCAGGUUCAGCAACACAGCCAGAAGCUCCAGCUGACCAACCAGAAGCUGGAAUCAACCAAUCAGCAGUUCCUGAAGACGGUGGCGGAACAGAGCAGUGAGCUGGAGGAGUUACGCAGCCAACUCAGGCAGGCAAAGCUUGAGCAGAGAUCUUCUGCGACUAAAGUGGAGGAGAUGACCAGACUCCUGCAGAAUGUCCAGGAUCAGAUGCAGAGGAGGGAAGAGGACGCAGCAGAAGCUCAGGGUAGAGAAGAAGCAUCUGAUCGGAGACUACAGCAACUACAAGCAGCACUGAAGCAGCUAGAAGCCAGACUCAAAGCUGCAACGCAGGACUCUGAGUCAGUGCGCAGGAAGCAGACGGAUUGGGAGCGGCAAGUGGGAGACCUGCAGGGUCGCUGCGCCUCUCUGGAAGAGGAGAAAUUUGAAGCCCUCAGUCGCCUCCGCAACUCCAUCCAGCUGGCUGAGGAAGCCUCGCUUCAGAGAGAACAGGCUCAGCUGAGGGAGAAACAGAGAGCAGAAGAGCUUGAGAAGAUGAAAGAUGCCAUGAAGCAGCUGAUCCAGGAUGCUGCCAUGCGCACCAGGAAAGAGGUAGAGAGUGUCCGUAAGCAGUGUAACGUUCAGAUUCAUCGUAUGGCUGAGGAGCUUUCUGCCCUGCAACUGGAAUGUGCCGAUAAAGAGACACAGAUUGAAAGAGCCCAUCGGGAGAGAAAAGCUGUGGAAGAGGAGCUGGAGAAGGUCUAUAAAGAGGGCCGAGUUGGAGAGCCCGAGAUGAGGAAGAUGGAGGCUCUCCAUCAGAGAUGUUUAAAUGCUGAACGACUGAAGGACGAAAUGCAACUCACACUCAACAGCACUAAAAACACGAUGAAGAAGAUGGAGAUGGAGUAUUCAGAGGAGCUGUCGCGCUGUCAGGAGGAGGUGCGGAGGCUGCAGUCCACGCUGACGAGUGCGAGACAGGAGAGUACAGCCAUCAGUGAGGAGAGACUCACGCUGCAGCAAGAGAGCCAGCAACUGCACAGAGACAUGGAAGCACUGCGCAAAGAGUGUGCGCUCGCUCAGAGACGUGCCAAACAACAGGUGUCUUCGAUGCAGCAGGAGCUGUGUGUGAAGGAGCGGGGUUUGGAGGCCAGGCUGAGAGAGAUGGAGGAGAGCAGUAAAAACUCCAGCGCUGGUUCGACCAGACUGCUGCUCGCUCAACAGAAAACCAUCAGCCGCUACAAAGACGAGGCCAAGAACCUCACACAGGCUUUCCAGCAGAAACUCAACAGCCUCAGGUCAGAGCUGAACAGACAGAAACAGCGCGCUCAGGAACUGGAGAUCCAGGUGGAAGCUGAUCAUCAGAAGAUACUGGAGUAUGAGAGGCAGGUUUCAGAGCAUCAGGAGAAAAACACGCGUCUACAGAGGCGUCUUACUCAGGCAGAGCAACGUGUGGCCAGUGCAUCACAACAGCUGAGUGUGAUAUCACAACGGAGAAAAGCUGCGUCCAUGAUGGAUCUUGAGACUUUAUCAUAGAUAAACAGCAGCUGGUUUUGGUCACAUCAUCAUCAUCAUCAACACCCUGAUCAGUUUGUUUUCGGGCUUCACAGUGUGUCUAGAGCUUUCACUGGCAGGAAUCCCCAUGUGUUUAUUAUUGACAAUUAAUGUAAUAAAAAGAGGUUGUUCACCACUAACCAUUGAGGAAAAUAUUAUAAUCACUGCUUUGGGAGAAAUGUCAUCUAAAAAAUGAAUUGGCUACUGCUGAAUGAAAUUAUUUGGCUUAGUAAUGUUAUUUUUGUCUUAGUGAAUGUAAAAAUGACCCGAUUUAAAUUUACUGUAAUGGAAUCACUUUUUUUUUCAAAGACGUUUGUGUCAAAGUUACUACCAAGCCAAAGUUGUUUUUUUCUUGGAAUGCUUCUUGUUGCACAAAUUACCAAUAAUACAAAUGUUUUUAAAACGGCAUGCAGAUGGGUUUACAGUCUUCCUAGAACAAAGAUUUUGUUCUGGUUAGCUUGUGCCAUUGUAAGAAUUGACCAAUAAAUGCAAUAAUUUAUACCAAAGGGUUGGUGAAUGUUUGAUUCGGAGUGCUUUACAGACAUUCUAAUGUGCAGAGUUCUCAGAACAUUCACAGCUCAAGUACCUGCAGGCAGUUCCAUAUCACUUCAAAUUAUUUCAAAAACCCUUGCAGCCUACCAUAGCAAGAAAAAAAAUAAAAAGUACGAAUUUUUAUUUUUUACAUGAAAUUACCUUUAUCUGUACUGCUAAUGGUUUUAACCAGGGGC